AAUAAUUUUAUUAUGAUGGCCGCUCGUAUCACGCCGGUCCAUUGUCCAAGCGUUAUCAAUGACCUGAAGGGGGCUGAUAAAGAAAAAAAGCUCAGAGGAAUACCGUCAGUUCGGGGUAAGCGUAUAACAGCGCACGGAUCCGCGCCGGCGAGUCAGUUGAGCUCCGACCACCGCGCCAGACGCCCGCAUGCGCCUGGACCUUCUCUCGUACUUCAACUGUCUCCGGCGAAGGAAUCUACCAUGGCCGCGUGCGCGACGCGAGUGCUCGUGUUCAUUCUAGUCACUAACUUCUUAAGUUUGGAGGGCGAGAUGUUGGGCAGCUGUGCGAACUGCGCCAACGGGGAUCUUAGUGUUACGGAACUGACUCAGAUGAGGAUAGAGUUUGUUAAGCAGCAGAUCUUGAAGAAGUUGAGGUUGAGCAAGAAGCCGGCGGUGGCGCUGCCCGUCAACAGUCUGCCGAUGCCGGUUGCCGAGGGUCGGACGCUCAGCGAGGGCACCGACAAGCCACCAGAGUUUGAUGAUUAUUAUGGCAGAACUGAGCAGAAAAUCAUCUUUCCCGUUGAAGGUGAAUGUCUCACUUCUGGCCGGUAUCCAUUUAAAUGUCUCCAGUUCGAACUACCUCCUGAUGUGGAACCCGAAGAAGUGUCGGUCGUGGAACUCUGGUUUUAUAAGGAAAGAGAUCCUAUGGAUGAAUACAACCAAACAUUUGUGAUAUCCGAAGCGGCUCACUGGGACAGUCAGCAGCAGUUUAAGAAGACCAAGCCUAUAGCGAUCAAAGAGACGGAUAUUGGAGAAGGUUGGGUGCGGGUGGAGCUCGCCUGGGCUGUCAGAGUCUGGCUGGAAGGCAGGGAGAGGCUGCACACGUUGCAUGUCGCGUGCCGGACUUGUCAGUCACGCCGCGCCCCGCUCUCCUUCCACGAGAAACACCGACCAUUCCUAGUGCUAUACACCAAAUAUGCCGGCAAGAGACGCCGCGGCCGCGCGCUAGAGUGCGGCGCCGGCACCAACGAGUGCUGCAGGGAGCCUCUCUACAUCAGCUUCAAGGAGUUGGGAUGGGAUUAUUGGAUCAUACGACCCGCUGGCUACCACGCCUACUUCUGCAAGGGAAGCUGUGCACCCAUCUCGUCGGUUACCACCGCUGAGAGCUAUCAUUAUGAUAUUAUUAGAAAAUACUUCUACACGUUAACGGAGAAGAAACCGGAGUUUAAACCGUGCUGCGCGCCCACAACCUUCAGUUCAUUACAACUUCUCUACAUAGACUCUACGAAUACAGUCACACAGAAAACUCUUCCCAACAUGGUGGUAGAGUCUUGUGGGUGCAUGUGAUUGGAAGACAAAAACUUAGUAAAUGCAGAUCACGUGCGGUGGCACUCGGAACUUUUGUCAAAAUGGCAGCUAUGUGAAAAUGAUUGAAAAACUAUAUUUAGUGAAUGCAGUGAUAUUGACCCUGUGAAUUAUACGUAUGACUUCCAAGAUUACGAUAAUCGACUAUGCUCGAAUAGUAAUUGUAUAUUGUCAGAAAAUCUAGCUCGUAUCCAGCCUUGGCUAACCGCCAUUUGCAAAAAACGAUCCCAGUCAUUUUUAUCUAUCUCAAAAAUGGACCAAUCAGAACAAAAUAUUUUUGACACGCUUACAAAUGAGUUAUUUUGAUUGGUUCAUUUUAGGAAUCGGAUUGAUGAUUGUAAUUGAGAUCGCUUAUUGAAAACGGCUAUGAAUGAUAGCUAAUUGCUAUUUAUGCAAUAAGUAAGAUUAUAUUAUACGAAGUUCCGCGGCAUGGAAUGGUCCGUAAUGUCAUCUUGACAUUCUCAGGUUAUUACAAAUAUUAUGUAAAUAUUCGGACAUCUUUAUGAGAAAGUUCUUUGCCAGAACUCUAUGAGCCUAGACAAACAUAGAUAUUAGUAAUUAUACCAUUCCAAUAAGGUUGAAAUUCAUUUUAUGAGUAAAACAUAAUGAUCUUAUUACGUGUAUCAGAAUUAUGACCGAUAGAUGUAUUAACCUUUCUCCAAUACUAAUGAUUCUUAUCUACUUAAGCGUUAUUGUGAUAUUGUAGAGUCGUAAUAUUAAGAUAAUUGUAUCGAAUAAUUACUAAUUACCAGUGCAUUUAUUUAAAUUAAUUUGUAAAUAUUUUUGUUUAGAUAAUAUACGGUUUAAUAUUCAUAUUUGAAGAAGGACAAGUUAGAAACGAAAUAUUUCGAAAUAUCAUUGUUUUUAUUAUUUGCAAGUUUGAUUCACUUUGGUUUUGUUAAAUAAUUUAUUUUAGAGUCCUUUUUGUAUGGAUAUUGAAUAUUGGAAUAUUUACGUUAGUUAAAUGUAAAUAACUGUAUGAUAAAUUAUCAAAGUAUGUAACAUAAUGUAGUAUAGUUACUUGUAUAAAUUUAGUUUAUUUACUAACAUUCGGAACGACACCCACUUUUGUUCAGAUGUAGUGCUUGCUUUUUUUCAUCUUUUGCUCGGUUUCAGAUAAAAGUCUUAAUGCAUUUUGAGAUUAAAAAAUACAUUCAACCAGCAUUAUUCCCUGUG